UAAAAAGAGAGUAGCCUCCCUUGGCCUAUUUCCGUUUUACAACUUCCUUUUCCGAUUCAAUUCCAAAAUGGGCAUUGACAUCUGCCACAAAGGCAACAGGAAGGUCCUAAGGAAGGAACCCAAGAGUCAAGAUAUUUAUCUUCGACUCUUGGUGAAACUAUACAGGUUCCUUGCCAGACGUACCAAUGCCAAGUUUAACAAGAUAGUGCUAAGGAGGCUUUUUAUGAGCAAGACCAAUACACCACCAAUGUCUUUGGCGAGAGUAGUCCGACUCAUGAAGAAACCCGGCCGUGAAAACAAGAUGGCUGUUGUUGUUGGAACUAUCACUGAAGAUCUAAGGUUAUUGGAUGUCCCUAAACUGAGGAUUUGUGCCCUGAAAGUAACAGAGAGGGCUCGUGCUCGCAUCCUCAAAACUGGUGGAGAAAUCAUCACAUUUGAUCAGUUGGCACUCAGGUCACCCAAAGGACAAAACACAGUGUUGAUGCAAGGAGCCCGUAAAGCCAGGAAGGCUUACAGACACUUUGGACGUGCUCCUGGUGUACCACACAGCCACACAGCACCGUAUGUGCGAUCUAAGGGCAGGAAGUUCGAAAGAGCUCGUGGACGAAGAGCCAGCAGAGGUUACAAGGCUUAAACUUUGGUACCUUAAUACUGAAAUAAAUUAUCUGGCAGACCAA